AUGGUCGCUCAGAUUGUGGUCCAGCAGCUGUCAAGGCAGUUGAGCAAAAGAUUCUUGCCUGCGAUCAAAGAAGAUACUUUGGCGGUCAUCACUCAGGCAGAUGCGCUCAUUGUAGCCGAGUCGCAACUCGGAGUCAUGCAAAAGAUGGAUCCAAUCAUCCGAUCGCCCCCUGAAUUCUAUGCUGCCGGCGCGGACCAUGUCAGGUGA